CAAUCAUACCAUUAUAGUUGAAUCUAUAAUAUUUAUAGUUGAUUACAUAAGGUUAAUCAGCAAUAUAUAGUUGAAUCUAUUUUAUUUAUAAUUGAAUGCCAAAAAAUCAACUACACGUCCAUGAUUGAUACAAACAGCUGAAAUUAUUGGAACAAUUGUCGUUUUUUUUCUCCGUGCAAAUUGAGUAAAUAUGAACAGCAUAGGUAUGGAAUUAAAAAGAAAUCUUAUUUUUUAUUAAAAAAAACUUAGGUACAAACACAUUUCUGGAAAAUAUGUUUUAUGAAGAAUUCUAAAUUCAGAUUAAAAUUCAUGACAGUUCUUUAUCAUUUUCAACCUCUAAAUUCUGCCACCAAUGUUUUCGUUGCUGAUUUUUUUCUUUUCUAAAAAUUUUACUAGUAACUACGUUUGUAACAAAUCGGAAGCCCUCGAAGGGUUCUCUCGCGACUUGUCGUCGCGCCUCGAAGGUGCCAUCCUCUGUUUGUCAACCAUUGCGCACGGGGUUUCAAAAAUAGUCCACCAAUCGCGAAAGAAGAUGUUGCUCUCGAUUCCGACCGAUCGAUCGAUCGUCGCCUUACCAAGACUUCAGCAGGAGGCUAUAAUUAAGAGUGCCUUGGGCGGCGAGUGCUCGAAUUUUCGCGCCUCCCAUCGUUUUCGGAUCCCGCGUUCGAUCGAAGACGUGGAUUGUUAAUUUUCGCCUUUCCGGGCAGGGAGUUGUCGCCUAGAGUCGUGCUCAGGAGGAUCGAUUUUCCGAGUUCCUCACCCGGGUGUUUUUUCUCUGCAGCAGCUGUAAAUCAUCAUCGAUGACGACGAGACCACCGAAUCUAUGUGUGUUUUUCUGAAUUGUCCAAACAUAUCUGUGAAUCGAAAAAAUAUUAAGUUCAAAUUAAAUUAUUAAAUGGUGGAGAGUUAAAAAAAAAAAUAAAAAAAAACGGAUGGCAUCCUUGUGUCCAUAAAGCCAUUUCUGUGUGUUGUGUAUCUGUGUGAUAAAAGUUGAAAUGAUUCAUGCAAAAGCCAACAAACGCCAUCGUGGGAUCAGCAAUUAAAUGUGUUGCUGUGGAGCGCCAUAAUUUACGCAAAUCGGUUGGAAAAAUCGAACCCCGUGCAGCGAAUUUAAUUUGAAACAAUUUGCUCUCUGGAGCCACCAGCAGCAGCUGCACCAUCAAUUGGCCGUUAUAAUUGAGCGGGGGUGUGGGCAAAAAAAGUUAACCGGAACAACCGGGCGGAAGGAAGAAUCCGCGCGUCUGUGUGUUUUGUGUCACUGUUGUUGACCGCCGCCUUCAUCUCGGGAAGCUGAGCUGGGUUGGAAUUCGUGGCCGCGGAAGAUCAAACAAAUUAUAUUUAUCCCGCAUCCCGCGCUGUGUUCUGCGGGAAGGCCGGCCAGUGUUUUAAAAUAGUAAUAAUAAUAAUACUACUAGUAAUAAUAAUACGUUGUUAAUUAACGAAAAUUAUCAAUGGUGCGCAUAAUUAUAAUGGCAUAAAUCAAUGUGUCCGUUCCCGAUUAUUGUGUGAAUGUGUUAUUUACGUGUUGCCGAUCCAGAGAGUGGAAAAGCGCCCCUCUUCGUUCAAUUUCCUGUGAUCUAUCUCUCUGUGCUGUGUGUGUGUUUUCGCAAUCGGAAAGCAAAUUUGACAGCCGCCCAUAAAUUUUGUUCCGACGGGUCCACAUUUAUCCCGAGUUGACGGGCACACAUUGGGCAUUGGAGAGAAAAAAAAUCUGAGGGGUCACUCCAAAUGUGCUGCUGUAGAUCUCAUUAGCACCCAAUAACGAAAAAUUACACCAAUUUGAAAAAUUGAAAAAAAGGCUUCCACCAUAGCUCAGUGUCUGUGUUAGUGUGUGCCUCUUCACGUGCGUUUAAUUUUUCAUGUUACAUAAUUAAAUUUUCAUCAUUUUUUACCCGUGAUUGUUCUUACGCCCCGCGCGAACCUGUGCGUGCCUCUUGACCGCACUCGACCCGCGGCAACCACUUUUGAUGUUAACGAAUCGUGAAAACAUCCCGUGAACACAUCCCGCGAAAUCGUUGGUGCGUGCCUGUGCCUGCCUGCCACCGGAAAACAACCCUUCCGGGGGAAAAUUCGAAAAUUCGAAAAAAUAAAACAACAACAAACCCCAAAAAUCUACCCGUGUGUACCUGUGCCAAUUUAUUUCAAUUAAUAAAACCACCGAAUCCGCCACCGGAAACCGCCGAACUGCCUGACCUCGCACGCGACAUGAAAAGCCGCACCAGGUCCCCUAUCGGGUCGGCGACGUCCAAUGGCGGCGGAGGCGGCGUCAGAUCAUCGUCGCCAACGUCGGCGGCCGUGGCCUCGCUUCUGUCCGGCGGUGGAGUUCCGGUCGGAAUCUGUCCGCUGCGGGGUGCCGGCGGUGCCGCCGGUCUUACCUCGAUUGGGUCCUAUCACCACCAGCACCAUCACCACAGUACCGGAACCGGAAGUGGCUAUAGCAGCGGCGAAGAAGCGGCCCUCGGUGGAGCAGCUGGGGGUGGCCCCCUGCCUCCGAUGGGAUCCAAGGCCUAUCCGACCAUCAGUGCGGCCUACUGGCUGCCGGCACCGACCCCGACGCCCUACCAAGUACCAGAACGGAAACUGUUCGUCGGGAUGCUGAGUAAAAAGUACAACGAGAACGACGUCCGGCAGCUGUUCUCCGGCCACGGCAUCAUCGAGGAGUGCACGGUGCUGCGGGAUCCCUCGGGGCAGAGCAAGGGCUGUGCGUUUGUCACCUUCGCCACCAAGCAGGCGGCCAUCGGGGCGAUUAAGGCUCUGCAUCAGAGUAAAACCAUGGAAGGUUGCUCGGCCCCGCUGGUGGUUAAAUUCGCCGACACCCAGAAGGACAAGGACGCCAAACGGUUGCAGCAGAUGCAGUCCAAUCUGUGGAACAUCGCCGGAAUCAACCAGCCGAUAACGCAAUCGGUGACGCCGCUGACCGCCCCCGCCGCCGGCCAUCAUCCGAACCCACCGCAGCAACAGACGCCGUUCCUAGCCACCGACGCCAUCUCGCCGACGUCCCUGACGCUGCUUCAGCAGCUGCAAGCCGUAGCCCACCAGCAGCAGUUCCUGCAAGGUCUCGGAGCGCAAACCGAUACGACGACGGCGGCCGCCGCUGCCGGUUUGCUGAGUCCGCUGCAGAACCUGAUGACGCUGGCAGCGAUGACGCAACCGUCGCUGCAGGCCGCCGCCGCCCAGACGCCGACCACGGCCAUCACCAACGCUGCGACAUCGUUGUGUCUCCUCGGGAAGACAGCAGCAGCAUCUGCCACAGGGUCCACCGGUACGGAUACCGCAACAGCAGCCGCCGCCGCCUUGACGCCGUACGCCGCCCUGCCGCAGCUGACGGCAGCAUUCACCACUUCGCCUUUAGCCAAUCCGACGAUGGCCCAAGCCGUGGCCGCGGCCGCCGGCAAGCAGAUCGAGGCCCCUAGCUCGCCGCAAGCGCCCUUUUGGCCGUCCUGGUACGUCCCAAGUCUCGACUAUUGUUCCACCGACAACAACGACACCAUCUUCAACGACCGCUACUUCGGUAACAGCAACUUCAACGACGACAACAACAACGGAUACAGCACCGGAAGCAACGCCAGCAGCAGCCCCACCUCGACCGAGUACCAAUCGAAGCUGCACUCGGUCUUCCACUCGGAGGCCCAUUCGACGAAUCACUUGAUUUUCAAGCAGGAGGACAGGAAACAACGGGAUCUGGUGCUGGAACUGUACCGGCAGAAGAGCUUGGAGCUGGAGCAGAACGAUAGUAAUCCUUCCGGCGAAUGGCUCGACUUUGAGAAGGAAAGCUGUUGGUAUCUGGACGAUCCGGCGCUGUUCGAGCUGGAAGCUGCGGCCUUCGCUGCGUCUGGGAAUCGGUUCGAGUCGACGGGGAUUGCCGAGUCAACGGAAUGCUGCGAUUUGUGGGGGGAUUGCUGAGGGAUUGUGUUUCAAAUUUAGAAGAUUUCUUUUUUUUUUUAAUUUUUUCCCUGCUCUUCUAUCCAGUGCAAUGUCUAAAGUGAAAAGUUGUAACAAAACGUUCUGAGUGUAGCUGUAUAACUCGGUAGUUUUAGAUAUUGUUUAACUAGUUAGGAGGUAACCAAUUUACAUAUGUAGCUUUUUUAGGGUUUUUUUUAAAUUUUUUCUUCGCACUUAUGAUAAGUUGAAAGUGGCAGUACAAUCGUACUUGCUUGCAAAGUUUUUUGAAAUAAUUUGAAUUGUGAACGCUACUGUAAAAAGUCCUGUUUAAUAAAGUUGAUUCUGGUCUUAAUAGUAGCUAUGAGUUUGCAACGAUCAAUGAAAUAUGCGGGACAGAACCGGUGAAGGCUGUUUUGUGUAGGUUAU